GCCAAAGCAGGCAGGAAAUCAUCCGCUGAAGACAAAAGAUGCAGCUCCCUGAGACUGGACGCCUUUGUGUCUAAGCCGUACCACUUUCAUUCUAAACAUAUUGUUUGCAAUACGUAGAUAUUACAGUCUGAGACAGGCUCCGUCCACUAUUCGUCCAGAUAGCCCUGAACCGCACACAUCCAUUAGAAUGAUCAUGAGAUAGGAGAACUGUGUUCCAUCAGACGGCUGGCUGUCCUCCCUAACUGCUCUGCUCUGGAGGUGACUUGAUUUAGCAAUGAAGAUACCCAAUGUCCAAAGUUGUCUGGGUCCAAACAUUUACCCAGAGGUGCCCGAUGGUGGCUGGGGCUGGGCUGUGGCUCUGGCUUUUUUCCUAGUGGAGGUCUGCACCUAUGGGGUCAUCAAGAGCCUGGGUGUCUUCCUCCAGGAUCUGAUGGAAGAGUUUGGGGAGAGCAACAGCCGUGUGUCGUGGGUCAUUUCCAUCUGUGUCUUCGUUUUCGCCUUCUCUGCUCCUCUGUCGACAAUGCUGAGCAACCGCUUUGGCUAUCGACCGGUGGUCAUGAUGGGCGGCUUCCUUAUUAGCCUCGGAACUAUCACCUCUGCCUUUACCAGCUCCGUCACUGAGAUGUACAUUACCACUGGGAUUGUAGCAGGCCUUGGCUACUGCCUCAGCUUCCUCCCCACUAUCACCAUCCUAGCCCAGUACUUUUCCAGACGGCGAGCGCUCGUCACCUCGAUGGCUUCUUCAGGAGAAUCUGUUGCUAUGUUUGUAUUUGCCCCAGCCUUCACUACACUCAAGGAACAUAUUGGCUGGCGCUUCUGUCUAGUUAUUCUAGGUAUAAUUCAAGCAUCUGUGAUUGGCGGUGGGGUUCUGCUUCGUCCAAUCGUCAUCGAGCCAGAACCUUUAAAGAAAAAUGAUGACGAGAUGCUCUCCAUGAAAGAGAUGGAGGCUGUUUACGAGCUGGAAAAUGAACAAACCAGAACCUCCAUCAGUUCGGACAUCUCCCAAGGUUCACAGGACUCUGGUGUCACCUCCCUGUCUGCCUCAAAUGUAGACCUGAGAAAUGCAGAAGGAGAAACCAAAGCUCUGAUGGAGUGGAAGGACAAAGUGCCGGACAAAGACGGUGAGGACAUAUCACUGUCCAUGCCUUCUGUUCAAGUCAGUGAGGACAAGGGGGAACUGGCAGAGAUAGAUGGGGGCCCUGUAAGGUCCACCGGUUCCAAACUUCUGGACUUCUCUGUCCUUAAAGACCCUGGCUUCAUCUGUUACUCCCUUUUUGGUCUAUUCGCCACUCUUGGCUUCUUUGCGCCACAGCUCUACAUCAUUGAACUGAGCAAAAGCAGGGGUGUGGAAUCCACCAUGGCCUCCUAUAUGCUGUCUGUGAUGGCUGUGGCUGAUAUCCUCGGCCGCUUGUUCAUCGGAGUGGUGCUAAACAAAGUCCGAUUCAGAAAGACCUUGGUGUUGUUAGGGUGUGUGGUUCUGAUGAGCUUAGUUCUGGUGGCCUUCACGAUAGUGUGGGAAUUCUGGGGUUUGGCAAUCUGCUCCGGCUUCUUUGGCUUCAUCAUGGGCACUGUGGCCUCCACGCACAUUCCCAUGUUGGCUGAAGAGGAUGUCGUGGGCAUCGAGAAGAUGCCAUCAUCUGUGGGAGUGUAUGUUUUCAUUCAGAGCUUUGCUGGACUUGCUGGACCACCGCUGGGAGGUAUGCUGGUGGACAUCACUGACAACUAUGGUGCUGCUUUCUACUCCUGUGCAGCAGGCACAGGUCUUAGUGCCAUCUGUCUGGCUCUGGUUGGCCCUGCCAAGUCUAAAGCGUGCCAAAGAGUGAGCAGAGUCCAAGAGAAUGCAGAAGAGGUGAAAAUAUCUCAGAAUAGUGACCAGUCUGACUUUUUGGAGGUGGACUUGGCCCCAGAAGACAGUCCAGUUGGACAGGGUGAGGAUCAGGACAGCUGUGUUAUUUGAGCCCAACCACAGCGUGGCAUCACAAGGGACAGAAGUAUCAACCAAACAAGUGCAGAUGUACUGCAGGAGGCAUCAUUGCCACAAACACCAGUCACUGCUGGAAAAUCUCAGGUGUCACAUUUCCACUUUUCAGCAAACUUGAAAUUCACUUCUUCCAGUGAAGAAAACAAUCUUAUAUGAGACCAAUGAAACAUCCGUGAUGAGCACAUGGCCACACUUUUCUGUCUGUUUAGGGUAAAACCUUGCUUUCACAAUGUGUGAGUUAUAUAGAGAACUGCUAUCAUGAUGUAACUCCGGGUUUAGCCUCUGUUCUGUGAGCUUUAGCAACUCAAUGCAACCAUUCAGCAACAUUUCAUGAAAAGAUAGCGCAUCGACUCUUAACACUUCAAGAAAGCUUGAGGUUGAUCAUUUUGUGAAUAUAGUAAAAACUACAGGUUCCGUUUGGUAAAACCAGCCUGGGUACAUCUUUAUAGCUGUGUCCCAAAACUGAGGUCGCAUCCUUCAGAGGCCACAUUUGAAGGCUGAUUAUGUCACAGCGACGUGACGAAGGCUGUCCAAAUUCGAAGGCUG